GGAGGUACGAAGUGUCACAACACGGCCAGACGUCCAGAAGAUACUUUUAACUUUUUGCACGUGUGUUGCCGGCGGAUGAAAAACAACAACAGCAACAACAACAACAACAAUCAGACUCCAACAAGCAGAUUCACCUGCGCUGGCGCAUUUUAGGACGCUAUCGGUAAACCAUGUGGAUGCAUACCGACCGGCAAGCAGAAGUUGUUUGAUACGCGUGGUCGGGUAGAGCUGUCGACUUCAAGCAGAAACUCAUGGAAGACGUCAGUGGAUGAGGUGGGCUGCUCCCAGGAACCCAGCAUGGAUGAAAGCCCUGGGUUGCUCCUCCGUCUCACGCACUCCUGUCUCACAUCACCUCCCAGCGUCUGAGCCGCAGACAGCUGCGGCCGCUGGCCACUCGCACCAUGACACAGAUGGACUACAAAUACAGUCUGCUGGGCUCUUCAGUGGACGACUACCGGAAGAGGCCACUGCUGCUGCAGGUGGACGACACUCCAAUGAACCUUUUUGCGGUCUUGGAGGUGAAGCGGGAUUUGCCGAGGCGCUGGAGCACCCUUGGCUGCCUCCGCAAGGUCAAGCUCUACAGCAUCUUGUUCGGCCUGGUCAUCAUGUUUCUCAUCAUGGCGUCAUACGUCCUAACGGGGGACAAGAAAGGCCUCCUGCUCACACCAUCCCCUUACCACUUCAGCAGUCUGGUCAGCCCAGGGCCCUUUCCCUUCAACCUUUCCUCUGCCAAGGACUACGCCCACAUCAAACAGGUUGUGAAGACCAUCGCAUCCAAGGUAGAGUUCAGCGGCAGUCGGCAGCUUCCGGACCCCAAGGCACUGGUGAACAGCGAGCCGCAUAUGUUUUCUGUUAUCCCUCGCAAAUUCCUUCCCGGUGUCAAGAACCCAUGCUGGUAUGAGGAGUACACUGGGAAUAUCACUUCAGAUCCUUACAGGACAAAUUUGUACGCGCGCUACUCCAGGCGCUUCCGAACCGUGUUCGAGUACCUGAGGAGCACUUUCCGAGAACACUUGUUUCACCGCGACGGGAAACUUUAUCGCAUGCGGUGCCUGCCUUACUUCUACAUCAUUGGCCAGCCAAAGUGCGGCACAACAGACCUGUAUGACAGACUGAGACUGCAUCCAGAUGUCCGCUUCACCACUUUCAAAGAGCCACAUUGGUGGACCCGCAAGAGGUUUGGUAUCAUUCGUUUGAGUGAGGGCUUCCAUGACCGCUACCCAGUGGAGGACUACCUGGACCUCUUUGACCUGGCAGCUUACCAAAUUCAGGACAUCCUGAAAGCAAAUGCCAGCGGCACGCCCAACCAACAUAAUAUCAUCAUCGGGGAAGCCAGCGCAUCCACCAUGUGGGACAACAACGCCUGGGUGUAUUUCUACGAUAACACCACAGAGGGAGAGCCGCCUUUCCUCAUCCAGGACUUCGUCCAUGCCCUGCAGCCUGACGCGCGCUUCAUUGUCAUGCUCCGGGAUCCAGUAGAGAGGCUCUAUUCCGACUACCUUUACUUCGGUAUUGCCAAUAAGUCUGUGGAGGAUUUCCAUGAGAAGGUGUCUGAGUCGCUGCAGCUAUUUGAGGGGUGCCUUACAGAGUACACGAUGCGCUCCUGUGUGUACAACACUACUCUCAACAAUGCCAUGCCAGUCAGAUUGCAGGUUGGCCUGUACAUUGUGUACAUAAUGGACUGGCUAACCGUCUUCAGGAGGGAUCAGAUUCUGGUCCUGCGGUUGGAAGACCAUGCCUCCAACAGGAAAUACACGAUGCACAAAGUCUUCAAUUUCCUUAACCUGGGGCCACUGACAGAGCAGAAGGAGGCUGAGAUUACUAGAAGCCCAGCCUCCAACACCAGGAGGCCGGCCGACAAAAACCUUGGACCCAUGCUCCCUAUUACCAAGGAGAUCCUGCAGGAUUUCUACAUGCCGUUCAACGAGAAACUGGCCAAAGUGCUGAGGAAUGACUCCUUCCUCUGGGAGAGCCGUUCUAAGCUGAUGUAAAUGAUUCCUUGGCUCAGACUAACCACUGGCACGUCAACCAGUCCCUUUUUGUUUUUGUUUCAUCUCUCUCAAGUGCCCAUGAAAAUCAAUGUUUUUAUUUAAAUUAUUUUUUAAGUUAUAAACACAGAGGUGAAUCAAAGAUAGAAAAUAGCACAAGAGUUUGUUCUGAUUAUUUUUGUGUGUGUGUGUGUGUGUGUGUGUGUGUGUGUGUGUGUGUGUGUGUGUGUGUGUGUGUGUGUGUUUGAGGGCUUGGCAAAUCUUGAUCCUCUUGAUGUACAAAAUUAAACAGUGGACUAAUGAAACAGA